UAUAUUUAGACACAGCCGAACUAGUUUGACAUGGGCGAUGUACAUGUACACAGGUACUCUACUUCCGUGUUACGUUACCCAGUCAGACAGGACAAUAAUACCCUGGACACGUCGAAGUCUCAGCUGAUCUCACUGAGGUGGCAGACAACCGGCAUGGUCAAGAUAUUUUCGGCUGCUAUUUUUUGUGUGGCUGCAGGUGUUGUAUCAGGUGCACCCAGUGCCAGUCCAGUGUUGUCUGCAGUGUCUGACACAGCCAGGUUCAGCUGGGAGAUUCCACAGGGAGGUCUGGGGACAGGGAGUAGUUUCUUUGCUCUCAGUCCUGCUGGUGUCGCUGUGUUCACAAUGACAGCUUCUGGGAUAUUCCUCGGCUUUGGCAACUACGGAGAUAGACUGGAAUACCGGGGGAACAUAACAGCCAGGAAUGUCACCUUCACCCUCAGCAACAUCCAGACAUCAGAUGCAGGGACAUACACGUGUGGGGCUGGAGGGUCUGCUAUUGUGAUACAGAACUGUGGACAGAAACUUAUUGUGCUGGGCAAACCCACAACACCAGGACGUCCACCAGUGUCAACAACACCUGUCUACAACCAGCCAGUGACCUUGACCUGCAGUUCCAACUCUACCACAGUCCCAGCUGACCAUGGCCUGACCUUGACCUAUACCUGGCAGCGUGACAACACUGACAUCUCAGUUACCUCCCCUGGGUCUCCCUACACUUUCACAGUGAGUUCCCGGGACAGUCACAACUACAGAUGCAGAGCGAGAGAAAGUCGGGGUCUGGAAUCCGAGUGGAGCCAGGUGUACAACAUGGAGCCACAGUACGGCCCCUACCAGAUCUCCCUCACCCCCUCCACCUCCUCCUACAAUGUGACAGAACACCAGGCUCUUCCAUCAAUCACGUGCUCCGCCCUCUGUAGACCCGGAUGUAGCUACAGGUGGUUACACAAUGGAACAGUCUUCAGCAGUGAAGCCGUGCUCCAGGGACAAGCUGACAGAUCCAAGUCAGGCUCCUACAGAUGUCAGCCUUCUAAUACACACGGGAGUAGUGACAGUGUUACAGUCAGUUUUGAUGUUCAGUACCCAGCCGACAUAAGCAUAUUUAACGGCAACUCUCACAGUGGCUCAGUGACAGUUAACGAGUCAUAUUCAGUGACUUUGAGAUGCCAAAUUGACAGUAACCCAAGGUCAGUCAUCAGGUUACUAAAUGGAACUGAGGAGUUGACAAGGGCAGAUAACUCCCUGACAGCAACAUACAGACUGGAGUCAGCAGACUGUAGACAAAGGGGGAACUACUCUUGUACUGCCACUAACAACAUCGGGGCACCUGUCACUCGGAGGGUGGAGCUGCUGGUUCAAUGUUCUCCACGACUUGACGACUCUAAACAACUCAAGUUCGCCACUACACUGGGUGGUGACGUGACUGUGUCUGUGUCAGUCCUGGCCUAUCCCCCUCCUACAUUCACCUGGAGUAGAGUCAUCAGUAUCAGCCAGGACCUCACUGGUUCCUCCAGCCCGGCCUCAGACAUCUCAAUCACUGCCAGUGUACACCUUACUAACCUCCAACAGCAGGACUUCGGGGACUACAGUCUGACAGUGGGCAAUGGCGUGGGGAGUCCAGUCACAUACACAGUCAGCGUAGUGCCUGUAGGGCCACCUCAGACACCUACACAGUUUAGAGAUCUAGAUAAUGCAACAACGUCGUCGGUAUGGCUGUCGUGGCUGCCUGGGUUCAAUGGUGGACACCCUCAGAUGUUUCCCAUUGAGUAUCGUCAGUUUGCUACACGAACGUGGACUGUGUACAAAUCCUAUGAUGACACCGGCGAGAUGAUGGUUGUGGAAGUGACUGGGCUUAUAUCUGGAGGGAUUUACAUUAUCCGACUACACGCUAAAAAUCACUACGGGAAUUCUGAUGGAUAUGUAUUGGUAGAAUCUGUGACUGCGGGGGAUCCACCAGACCAGCAAAAGCUCGAAGCUUCAUGUAUCAGUACAGGGGUAUUAGCAGGAGCUACAGUGGGAACCUUUCUUCUUACCCUGCUCAUUGGAGGGACUGUUCUAAUUGUGCUGUACCGAAAGGGGUACAGAGUUACAAACAUUCUGAAAGGAGCUGCACAAAAAAGACAUCCUGAACCUGUGGACAUGGACAACAGAGGAUAUUCAUCUCUAGAUCACAUCACGGUUCCAGCGCAGUAUUCAAAUGUGGAGGAGGAAUCAGAAAAACAACAGUACACACAGUUGAAGAUUUAUGAGAACACAAAAGCGGAAGCUGCAGCAGACACAAGUACCUAUGAAGGCGUGACAGAGGCUCCCCCUGUGACCUAUGAGUCCAUCAGCGCAUCGCCAUACCAGAACACUGGGGCACAUCCUCCAGGCCCUCACGAAUGAAAUACGCACAAAGUCAACAUCAUGCCAUGAGUUUCAGCUGCGGACACACAAACACGACGUUCAGGACAGAGCAUUACUUUGCUGUGAGACAGGGCGUCCUUGUUAUUUGCUUUAUAUUCACAUUACUUCACAAGAUAAAGUUCCACAUGCACAUUUACUGUUAGAAUUACAAAUCAUGUUAGUUACGCUUAUGUCAUCGAUGUCGAAUAUAUAUUUAAUAGUGAAUAUUUCGCAAAGCAAAUAAGCAAUAUAUUUUCACAAUGAACACAAAAAUCCAUUUGGUGAUUACGUGGACAGAUGUACAUAAACAGAGACAGAACAGUAUAACUCCGAUCUACCAAGUAUGUCAUAAUAUAGUAUUGUAGCAACAUAGGGGGAUCAGUCAUGAUUUAGGGAGGUGUCAUCUCCAGUCCGUAACAUCUGGGUGUGCUGUGACUUGAACGAAAACGAACGAUUUCAUCGUGCCACGGUCGGUAAUACCUACUCAGAGCAGGAUACCAUUGUCCCAUGGAGUGGCCUGUGCUGUCAUCAGACAUCAGCUCUACUCAACACAUGUGGAAUACUGCCCUGUCCAUCCAACGAAUUUACAAGAACUCGUCAAAGUUCUCACUGACUUGUGGAACAAUCAUCCUUCGGGAGGCCAAAGACGGUGAUGAUAGGCUGUGGGGGGUAUAUAUUUUUCAGUUUCUGUCAAAACUUUUACUUUUGAAAGUGAUCUGACUCAUAAUUGUUUACAUGUUCUUUGUUUUUGUUCGUUUUUUGUAUUUUUUGUAUCCUUAACCUAUCUCACGAGGGAUUGUCCUUUGCUGUUCGGUAGAUGCACAGAAUAUGAUACCCGUGAAGGUCCGGGUUAGAAUAAUGAUCUUCAGUAACCCAUUCUUGUCGUAAGAGGUGACUAACAGGAUCGGGUGAUCAGACUCGCUGACUUGGUU